GCCGCCAGCCAGCACCGUCUCCCGUUAGAUGCUUAGGACGGGCUGAGCAAGAGAGUCCUGAGUGAAGUCCGGUUGGCGAUCUCUGAAGUUUUUGCUUUUUUUCCGUUCAGGCAGUUGCUUAGCCACCUCAGCCCGGGCAAGGACCUUAGCUGUCGCGUUGCUUGGCAAAAGGAAGCUUGAAGGCCGGGCCUAGCAAGAGAGGAAAGAAAGUGGAGGUAUUGCAUUGCUGGGCUGCUGCCUACUACACCAAUGGGGGUAGAAAUGGACCCCCUGCUCCACGCUUGGAGUUACUUCCGGCGGAGGAAGUUCCAGCUGUGCUCAGAUCUCUGCUCCCAGUUACUGGAGAAAGAACCGGGCGACCAGGCUGCUUGGUGCUUGAAAUUACGAGCCUUAACAGAAAUGGUUUAUGUGGAUGAAAUUGAUGUGGAUCAGGAAGGCAUUGCUGAGAUCAUCCUGGAUGAAAAUGCUAUUGCCCAAGUUGCACGUCCAGGUACUUCGCUGAAGCUCCCUGGAACCAGUCAGGGUGGAGGUCCCAGCCAAGCUGUCAGGCCAGUGACUCAUUCAGGGAGACCCAUUACAGGAUUCGUGCGACCCAGCACACAAAGUGGUCGGCCAGGCACUAUGGAACAGGCCAUAAAGACUCCAAGAACUGCUCACACUGCCCGUCCAAUGACUAGUGCUUCAGGGAGAUACGUCAGGCUCGGAACGGCCUCUCUGCUCACAAAUCCUGAUGGUCCCUUUAUAAAUGUGGCUAAACUGAACUUAAAUAAUUAUGCUCAAAAACCAAAGUUAGCAAAGGCAUUGUUUGAAUACAUUUUUCACCAUGAGAACGAUGUUAAGAACGCUAUAGAUCUGGCAGCAUACGCCACUCAGCAUGCCCAAUUCAAGGACUGGUGGUGGAAAGUGCAAAUGGGGAAGUGUUAUUACAGGUUAGGAUUGUAUCGUGAAGCAGAAACGCAAUUUAAAUCGGCUCUCAAACAGCAGGAUAUGGUAGAUACGAUACUGUAUUUGGCAAAGGUGUAUUCCCGCUUGGAUCAGCCUUUGACAGCUUUAAAUGUUUUCAAGCAAGGAUUAGAUCGGUUUCCUGGAGAAGUCUCCCUUCUUUGUGGUAUUGCCAGGAUCCAUGAGGAAAUGAACAAUAUUUCUGCAGCUGCAGAAUGCUAUAAAGAAGUCUUAAAACAAGACAAUACACAUAUGGAAGCCAUUGCAUGCAUCGGAAGUAAUCAUUUUUAUUCAGACCAACCUGAGAUAGCAUUGCGGUUUUACAGGCGGCUCCUGCAGAUGGGUGUUUAUAACUGCCAGCUGUUUAACAACCUGGGCCUCUGUUGCUUCUACGCCCAGCAGUAUGACAUGAUUCUCAGCUCCUUUGAACGUGCCCUCUCUCUGGCUGAAAAUGAGGAGGAGGCAGCUGAUGUUUGGUACAACCUGGGACACGUCGCUGUGGGAAUAGGGGAUACGAGCCUGGCUUUCCAGUGUUUCAAGCUGGCCUUGGCAAACAACAAUGACCAUUCAGAAGCUUACAACAAUUUAGCUGUGCUGGAAAUGCAAAAAGGCCGCAUAGAGCAGGCAAGAGUGUUUCUGCAGACUGCGUCAUCUUUAGCACCUCAUCUCUACGAGCCACACUUCAAUAUUGCUCUGUUGUCCGAUAAGGUCGGAGAUCUCCAAAGAAGUUACGUGGCCGCUCAGAAGUCCGAAGAAGCAUUUCCGGAACACCUGGACACCCAGCAACUCAUCAAGCAAUUGAAACUGCACUUUGCCAGGCUUUGAAGCCUUCCUUAGACAAUGUCAUAAAUUAUUUUUCUUCAAAUCUGCUAAUUUAUACAAAGGAGAGAAAUUAGUAUUUUAGAGUUUUAUUUUUUUUAUAUAGUGGAGCAUCAGCUGUGCUGGCCAGAGGCGAUCUGAAACUUUUUUACUCUCUCCAGUUGGGGAAAUGCUGCUGCUGUAAGCUAAACUAGAGAGUCAUCUGCUUUGGUAUAUCCAGUGAUAUCCUAUCUUGGGAGGAAGACCUUGUUUCUGGACAUACUAGGUGAAAAAGGGCAGAGUUUACCUUCAACCAGCUUGUCUGAUGGGAACAUUUCAUCUGGGGAAGGAGUUAUACUAAGAGUACUCAACCGUGCUUGAGGGUAGCUAUUUGUAAGCAUUAGUUUAUUGAUCCUUUUUGUUUGUUUCAAGGAAAGGCUUUUUCCUGUUAUUCACUGCCUGCUGAUGUUGCACAGUUUUGCCAUUUAAUGAAUUCAAAGGUGGAUUGUCAAACAGUUUAACUCCAUGUUGCAGCAUAGUGGGGCACUUUCACACACACUGAAGGAUACGUUUCCAGGCAAAAAUGGCAAAAUCCACUUGUAAAUGAUUACUAAAGUGGAUUGGAAGUGCAACAUUCAACAUGCGUGAAAACAUCCCCUGGCAUGUAUCCCAUAAUUAGGAAGGACAUUGAUACUGUAAGACACUAAAGGUGUGUCCAUUUAAUGGCUUUGAAGGUGGAAAUGUACGUGCAUGCUCGCCCAUCUAACCCCUAAAAUCUCCACUGAUGUGCACCUUUAUCUCUCUACGCAUCAUGGUGCUCCUGAGGCCAGUCCAGGCCGUGCAGUGAGAAUACUGAUUGACAUUUACAAAAAAGACACGUGUUUUAUUAAGCCCCCACUUUACUAGCAAGGACUAAGAAGAAAAUUUGGAAGCUGGAUCUUUGUUCCACAAGAGUUAGCAACCUAAGAGCUAUGGGAUAUGUGAAGAAAAGCUAUUUAAUCAGUGCUUUCAUCAGGGCCGUUGCUUUUAAGGAAGAAAGGCAGAGGUAGCAAGAAAUGAGAGCAGCUUUUAAUGCCACUCCUCUUAACUUGGCUAAGGUAGUCACUCAUAGAGUGUAGGAAGCAACCUGUAGAGGUUAGGCAAUUAGAAUUUGGCUUCCAUUGCUCAGGUUUAGGAAGUCUGAAGAUACAGUCAUGUCUUUAUAGGCUGGAUAUUUUGGACAGCUGACCUUUGAAAAGUUUGCUGGAUGCUAUCAUUUCCUCUCUCGCCUAUAAACACAUUUUCUGGAUUUUUUUCAAGCACGAUGGUCAUUAAAGGAUUUUUUUCUUCCCAGCUCUUAGGGUGACUGCCCCAUAAAUUAGGCUUAGUACAAGUGAACUUGGCCACGUCAAUUUAUGCCAUAUCAUUUCCCUACAUUUGCUUAGUGUUUUAGAUUAAGAAAUGGUGCCUUUGCAUCAUAAAUAUUUCUGUAGAAGGAUAGGGUAGUUGAAAAGCCAGUAAGAUGAGAAAAUGGGUGGAAGAAUCCUAAGAUACAGCUCAGGGUCCUGUCUCCCUUUCAAUAAAUCAAUAAAUAUUCUAAUGCAAGCAGUUGAAGGUAUUCCUAGAAACAAAUGUAACUAUAGUUGACAAACUAAUGAUGGAAUUAAAGAAUACUCCUGUUAUAAGAAAUAGACAGACUACUGAAAGUGUACUUUGGUUUUAAUGUAGCAACAGAAUACAUGUGACUCCUAAGAAAAUGUCCAGUUUUAAUGGCAAGUGUAUGCAAUGCCUGUUUAAACAGUAAUGCUUCAUAUAGGCGAUUUUCCCACCAGGGGUGGCCGAUCACAACUUGGAGAACGUACUUUUUUUUUUUUACCAGUGCCAACAUAUCCGGAAAGGUCAGCACCACAAUGUUUUCCAGUUAUUUCCCACCUGGGGUCUAGUUGCUUCCCUUCUCCCCACCCCAUCUACUGAAGAAAGUGGGACUUUCAUUUUGCUACAAUCAGAUGUGAAGGAAGAGUGAAUGAAAAGAAAUAGGGCAGAAGGCUCAAGAAGCAGUUUUACCCACCAGGUUGGUACUGUUUGGUAGGUUCUCUGACUUGUACAUGGGCAGCCCCGUUCCUAUCAGGUUCGUUUAUAAAGACAUAGAGGGACUUUUUUUUUUUUUUUACUGCCUCAGGUUUAGUACAAACCACUUCAUAACAACUGAAUACAUUUCAGGCUUCCGUUAACAAUUUUAUUCAAACCUAACUUGUUCGUGUAGCUAUUAUGUAUACCUGAAUUUUUAAAGUUUACUUAUAAUAAAUUAUCGUGUAUAAUCAGUUGCAACUCCAUUGUCUCUUUUUAACAUAUUGCAAAUAAUAAAAAUGGAAGAACUGCUUGUA